UUUGACACUGGAGGGAACGUUUCGCUAAGCGGCAGCCCUCGCUCGACAUGGGCAACGAGAACAGCCUGGAGACUGGAGAGCUGGACCCCAUCUCGGCGCCGUCUGCAGCGCCGCUGAAAACACCCGGGGCCCCGAACGGAGCGCCCGGGGGACGGGCAGCGGCGGCCGGCAGUGCAAGACCAUACCAGAGGGAGCAUCUCGGUCAGCCUGAUGCAAAGGUUGAGACCCUCCAGCAGACUAUUCCCAGCAAUGAAAGUGCAAGAAGAAUGCAGAAUCAAGGUUGUUCAACACAGCAAAACCCGCAACAAGAACAAAGGAGGAAUCUCCAAGCUGACACAAGUACAAAACGAGGAGAAAGGUCCCAUUCUGCAUCCCCAGACAAAGGCAGUGCUCCAACUUCUCCUUAUUCAGUACCACAGAUAGCUCCAUUGCCCAGCAGUACUCUAUGUCCUAUUUGUGCAACAACUGAGCUGAACUCUUACCCAAAACAGCCAAACUUCAACACUUGUACUCAAUGUCGAUCGGUAGUGUGCAAACAGUGUGGAUUUAAUCCUAAUCCUCACAUUACAGAGGUUGAAGAAUGGUUGUGCUUAAACUGUCAGAUGCAGAGAGCUCUGGGAAUGGACAUGACCACUGCGCCACGCUCCAAAAGUCAGCAGCAACUACACUCUCCAUCACACCAGGCCCAAACAGAACCACAAACAAAACCGCAACGACAGCCUCAAACAGAUCCAGUCCCCCAACAAGGAAGGACUACACCAAUAAAAAGAGAGAUCCCUAAAGUGCCAUCUGCUGCAGAACAUAAGCCUGAGACUAGGAUGCAACCGAGUGAACGUGAGAAACAGGGGCCAAUAACAAAUAAAUCUGAAUUGCAGCCUGCUGCCCAACCGCAAAUGGUUGCCCAAUCUGAGGCAAUCAGGCCAGUUGGUAAGAGCCAACAAACUAAGCCUGCCCCUGCAGAACAAAGACAGAUAACAGAUGGUUCACCAGCAAGAACACAAGCAGGGCCCUCCAAUAUACCCCAAGAUCAGGAGGGCAUUACUGGUAAACUUUUUGGGUUUGGAACUUCUCUUUUAAGCCAGGCCACCAGCCUUAUAUCCACUCAGCCAGAACAGAUAUCACAAAGUCAGCAAUCACCUGCUAAAGGAUCUGCAGCUAAACAGGCCCCAAAAAUAAUUUUCAGUGAUCAAAACACAGAAUUGAGCUCAAAGUUGCAAAGUUCGACGGCAGGAUUGCAAGUUAAAACUGAGGCUGUCACUGCAGCUAAACAAGAGAAACUAGAGCCAGUCAUUAAACAGAAAGAAGUCAACAAACCCAAAGUAUUGUGUCCCCUCUGUAAAACAGAACUGAAUGUGGGAUCAAGUCAGCCUCCCAACUUCAAUAAUUGCACUGAAUGCAAAGUCCAAGUGUGCAACAUGUGUGGUUUCAAUCCAACGCCACACCUGGUAGAGAAAAAUGAAUGGCUUUGUUUGAACUGUCAGACCCAACGACUGAUGUCUGGAAAUUUGGGAGAUGCACCACUUCCUGUUCCAUCACCAGUAUCAAAGCAACAGCCAUCAAUGUCACCACACCAUCAAACAGGGCAAACAGUUGUCAGUGUGCAACAAAGAAAAGGGGCUAGCCAACAGCAAGCAGGCCCUGUCCAGCUGCAGAAGGUCCCCGUAACAUCGGGUCAACAAUUAUCUCAACGUAGGGAAACACCAACUGCUAAACUGGGACAACCCAUGCAAACGAAACAACAAGGUCCAAUGGUUGUGGAUAAGCAACAUGCUCAGCAAAUGCAUCCCGGGCACAGCGAGGCCCAGACUACGAUCCCAAACAAAUCACAGUCACCAAGGGAGAAACCAAAACCUGCAAUACAGAGCACCACAGUACCUGCAUCAUCAAAAGUGAUCAGUACAGACAAAAAAGUUGACCCUUCUACAAAGGAGACCUCCCAAGUACCUGAACUACAGAAAGCAAAACUUCAAGAGGAGUUGAGUAAAGGCUAUCCUCAAGAACAGUCACGUAGCCCACAAAGUUUAAGUGAUACAGGCUACUCAUCAGAUGGCAUUUCAAGUUCUCAGAGUGAGAUUACAACAUCACUGCACCAUGAGGCACAAAAGCUUAAUGAGUCUGGUCCAAUGCAACAGAGUCCAAAGAGCCCUUCAGAAUUUAACAAGUUGGAGAGCAGUGUACGGCCAUUGCUGGAAUCGCAAAGUGUUCAAGACAAAGCUAAAAGGGGAAGGACUGCUCAAAGUUCAAGUGAAGAACAAAGACAGGGGUAUAGACCCCGAUCGCUUUCAAUUACUCCAGAGUCCUGUAGUUCAGAUGAAGAGCUUGAAGAUAUACAAGAAGAGGAUGAAGAUACUUUUGAAUUGGAAAGCCAGGGUGAGCGAAGAGAAAGCCUGGAGUCGUUGGAUGAAUUUGGCAGGAAACUGCAGCAUGGCUAUGUUGAAGAUCGUAGUGGAAGUACAGUAUCAGCUCCUCAUGCUAAGAAUACACAAUCUGGAGCAGAAAUAACCGAUGAAGAAUUUAUGCGAAGGCAGUUAUUGGAAAUGAGUGCAGAUGAGGAUGAUGUCUCUAUGGAAAAUGAAGACUUGGAUAGUCAUGCUAAACGUGUCAGUAUAAAGAAGAGUCAGAAACGUAAUUCAGAGUCUAAUAAGCAAAGCCCUUCAAAGCAACAUCAGGAUCCCAGUAUAGUUAGCAAUUAUGAAGAUACAACUGUGGAAGGUUAUGGACGGGAAGACAUCCAGUCAUGGCAAGAACAGAAGGAACAUGAAGAUACAUACAGGGAAUCCCUGAAUCGUGCAGAUGAGGACGCAGUGGGAGAACCAGCUGGGCUACGACGCUUCAAGACUAUAGACUUGAAUACUACAAACACUUACAUCAGUCGAGAUGUUGAAGGUUGUAGUGAAGCAGACCUCACUAUUGAUAGAGAACCGGAACUUGAGAUGGAAAGUUUGACUGGGUCACCAGAUGAAAAAUCAAAGGGUGAAUACUCAUCCACAUUGCCACCCUCAACACCUACGUUUUCAUCAGGCACUUCACCAACUUCUGUCUCCUCAUUGGAAGAAGACAGUGACAGUAGUCCAAGUCGGCGACACAGACUUGAAGAGGUGAAGCAGCAGAGAAAGGCAAGACAUCGAUCGCAUGGUCCUCUGUUGCCGACUAUUGAGGACUCUUCUGAGGAAGAAGAGUUACGAGAGGAAGAAGAGCUGCUUCGAGAGCAGGAGAAGAUGCGUGAGGUGGAACAACAUCGCAUUCGAAGCACAGCACGUAAAGCAAAAAGGGACAAAGAAGAAUUAAGGGCACAGAGAAGACGUGAAAGAUCCAAAACACCGCCAAGCAAUCUUUCUCCCAUCGAGGAUGCUUCUCCCACAGAAGAGUUGCGCCAAGCUGCAGAAAUGGAAGAACUCCAUCGGUCAUCUUGUUCUGAGUAUUCACCCACGAUGGAUUCGGAAGCUGAGGGUUUUGAAAUAACAACCUGCAGAUUAUACAAAUCUGGUAGCGAAUACAACCUCCCAUCAUUUAUGUCCUUGUAUUCUCCAACAGAAAAAUCGACAACCAGUAGUUCUUCAGUAAAUCAAAAACCAUUGAAAAGUGCUGAGGAAGCAUAUGAAGAAAUGAUGAGGAAAGCCGAAAUGCUAAAGACACAGCAGCCAGCACAGACAAUGGCAUAUGGCAGUUCUUACCAACAAGAUGAUUACAUGCAGAAUAAUUACAAGUACCAACCUUCAGAAGUCUACACUUACUCAAACAAUGAAAUAGCAUUAUGUCAGACAAGUGUACGAGGUGAGCUGCAGAAAGCGGAAGCAUAUGAGACAACUGUGAAAACUGCUGCACAAACGCCAAAACUGUCCUGUUCACCAUCACUGGAGCUCCGCCUGCAGCAACAAAAUGCUCAAUUACAAAACCUUGAGAGGUCUUUUCAGGAAAAGAAGCUUCUUGAUGCACAAAGUGCUUACACGGAAUUAGCAAAGCAAACAGAUGCACUUCUUACACCCGGAACAAGCCCCACCCAGUCAUCUGCACCAAUGACUUUUGUUUCAUCUCAAGCUAAUAGAGGCAUCCCUGAUGUUCGGGUAACUCAGUAUUUUAUGAGAGACAUGCAGGACCAGACUGCAACACCUAUCGGAACCAAGGUUGACACCUCACAUAUUGUAACAGCCUCUUAUACAACAUACAACAAAAAAUCAGCAGUAACUGUGGCCACUGCAAUAGUAAGUCAGUCAUCUAUGUCUGCAAGAUCUUCUCCCAUAGAUCGAAGUAUGGGAUACAUUCAAGUCAGGCCUUCAGAUCCGGGAAUCUCAACACCAUAUUGCUCUCAAAAUAAUUUGCCUGGGGGUAAGAAAUUCAGCGAAUCUUAUGGGGCACCAAAUCUUGACGGAGCAACCACACAGACACCUGGGAGCUUUUUCAAAACUUCUAGCCCCGAGGAGUCCCUGUCACCAUCAUCGCUGACAGCAGUAACCAGAACUGACACGUCAACAACUUCCUUAUCCAGCGGUAAAUCCACUACAGAAUUUUCAACGCAGACUUGCAACGCCAGAGUUAUCUUGCCUUCCAAUGUGACCGUGACCUCAUCACCCUCCACAAUGAUGGCUCAGGGUACUCAGACGUCAGUGAGGUCACCCCGACUCACUCGGCAAGUAUCGUCUCCCGAUUCCACGUGCAUGGUCAUUACUCUGGCAUCAAAUGUUUCAUCUUCAGCCCAACCGUUAGCCGCCAAUUCAUCUGUGUCACCAAAUGCCUCGCCGACCCGGUUGAAUCGACAACAAACCUUGCACGGUUGGACACAGCAAGUGCCUGCUUCAACACCACAGCAGAUGCAGCUCCAGUCCAUGUAUGCCAAGUCUUCUUCACAGAUUGAUAGAACAUCCAUGAUGCAGCCCACUCAGAGAGGACAGAUAUCUUCAACAGUUGUCACAACUUCUACUGUGCUUGGUCAAGUGGUUCCUGUGGAAAAUACCUGUUUCAACAAAGCAUCAUGGUUUUACCAAAAUGCAAACGUAAACUCAGUGGAAGUUUCAAGGACAGGUAGCUCUGUAGUAGAUCUUCGAACAGCUGCAAAAUCACCUCCUGUUAUCAUAACAGAUCAUGGAAUGGAUUUGACAUCUUUAGCUACAGAAAGUAGAAAAUAUUCACUUGAAUCAGACCAGAUUCCAUGUCGUCAGUCCACUGCUGUGCAGCCAUUAAUCAUGAAUCUUAAUGUGCAGGAACAUCCGCAUGUAAAUACGACUUCUAAUACAACACUGGGCAUAACAAUAACAUCAUCAAUGCUAAUUUCCCAAUCCAAAGCACCAAAAAUAUAUGGAGAUCCUUUCCAGAAUCUGACGGACCUUGGUCAUGGCACAGCCACAGCAAUCUGUCUCACACAAGCAAGACAGCUUGAAUCAAUGGUCCAACCCCUCACUGUAACAGAAAGUGGAACCAAUACAGAUAUGGCAACAGUCACAACAAAAUCAGGUUUUUCUAGUCAAAUCCAGCCGCAAUUUGCUAGAUUUAACUUAGCUAACCAAAUGACUCCAGUGCGCAAACUGGACAUGUCAGUGAAUCAGGGCAACAUUAACAAUGCCAUUAGUGUUAGUGCCAUUCCAAGAUCAGGACCUCUUGAUAGUGGCUUUGUCACUUCACAGGUACACCAAGAAGCAUCACUGGAAUUAAAGCCAUCUGCUCCUCCAGCAAACAUGCUUGGAGCGAAAGCACACACUAUGAUGGUGCAACUGGAUAGCACAGCAGCUGGCACAGUUACAAAGCUGUUAAAGCAAGAUACUCCUUCAAAUGCUUUGGAUUUGACCGGAGCCAAACCAGAAAAGGCUGUUUGUUGUGAUGUUGUGUAUAAAUUUCCUUUUGCUAGUAGCUGCACAGGGUCAUUUAAUUCAGGUACCCAAGUCCCAGAACAAGCAAUGAGUGAACCACAGCUCGAUGACAGGAAUAUUGCUCAGAAAUACUAUGACAACAGAGCCCAAGAGUCUCUUGACAGUUACCAGUAUAAAGAGCCCAUGGCUACUUACCAAGACGGUUCUAAUUUGUACAAAGAGCACAAAACAUUUCCUCAGGUAUUUUCUGGGCGACUACAUUCGUCCAUGUCAGACUCUAAUUUGUUAGAAGCUACUCUUAAUUACAACCUAAUGAAGGACGAACCUUUUUAUCACCCUCCCGGAGGAGAUGCAGCUGUAGAUCUGAGUACAAUGAGACAGUCCUACAGUUUAUCUUUUGGCCAGGGGAGGGAUUGGGAGCUUGGAAUGCAGUAUGGUUCCUUCACUGACCUGAGACAACAGUCAGAUAUCCUCAGCCAACCCACUCCAAUAAGAAGAUAUAGUUCAAUGUCUAAUAUUCAUUCUGGUUAUGGCUACUCAAUACGAGAGGAUUUGCCAAAUUUUCAAGAGGCUAGUUUGGCCCAAUACAGCGCGACCACUGCUCGUGAAAUUAGCAGGAUGUGUGCAGCCCUAAAUUCCAUGGAUCACUACGGAACCCGAUAUACAAACAGCUCAGAUUCCCUUCAGUACGGACCAGCUGGGCCAAAUGCUCACUGCAGUGAACUUGCAAGAAACAGUGUAAUGUCACACCAUCAAACAAUGCUACCACUGAAACAAGACAUGAAGUAUCGUCCAAGCCUGUCUGACUCCCGACGUCGUAUUGCAGUGCACGGCUUUGGCAACAUGCCGCAAGCAGUACGUUUGAGAGCCAUUAGGCACAUGUAUCCUUCAGCUGCUCCCGUGAGAGCACCUGAUGGCAUGAUUUACUCUACAAUCAAUACUCCAAUUGCGUCCACUCUCCCCAUUACGACACAGCCAGCUUCUAUCUUGUGUCCAGUGUUAAGAGGUGUCUACAGACCCUACUUACCUGGUAAUAUCACAGCCGUGCCACUGGCCAGGUUGAGCAGACUCCCUCUUGUUGCCCCAAGGAUGCCUGCUGCAGCUCCUGGGCUGUACCAUUACCUGCCUGCAAACAGGUUUCCAGCUGCUCCCAUAACCGCUGCUGGGGAAACACCUAUAUAUCUUGGAAAGUCUGGAGCAGCUCCCGGGAAUAAUGUCAGAACUGGAGGUGUAAAUAUGAAUCAGCUUGUGCCGGGCCAGACCACGCAGAGGCAGGAACAAAGCGGUAUUCCUCAGCAAAACAUUUCAGCUGCCGUGACUCAGAAGUUCAUCUCCGAUGCUAAUCAGGCCGACAUUGGGCUCAUCCAGCAGCAGCAACAGCUACAGCAUCAAGCACAAUCACAACAACAGCGAGUACAAGUCCAACAGCAGCAGCAGUUACAGCCACAAGUCCAACAGCAACAAGUUCAACAGCAAAUACAGCCCCAGCAAGUGCAAAUGCAACAGCAGAAGCAAAUACAGCUCCAGGAAGUACAAAUGCAACAGCAAAUGCAACAGCAGCAGCAAAUACAGCCCCAGCAAGUACAAAUGCAACAGCAGCAGCAAAUACAGCCCCAGCAAGUACAAAUGCAACAGCAGCAGCAAAUACAGCCCCAGCAAGUACAAAUGCAACAGCAGCAGCAAAUACAGCCCCAGCAAUUGCAAAUGCAGCAGCAGAUGCAACAGCCCCAGCAAGUACAAAUACAACAAGUUCAACAGCAGCUGCAAGCGGAACAGCAGCUUGAACAGCAGAAACAACAGCAACUGCAAAAGCAGCUGCAGCAAAUGUUGCAGCAGCAACUGCAGCAACAGGAAGCCCAGCAAAGUGACGCUGCAAGGACUGGUGCUGGUAGGAGGAAGCACGAGGACAAAGAGGAAGAGCAUCAGCGAAAGCAGCAGCAAGACCACAUGCUGCUCAUUGAGCGGGAGCGUGUGGAGCUGGAAAAGCUGAGGCAUCAGCGCCUGCAGGAGGAAUUGGAACGCCAGCGCUUGGAGCUGCAGCGCCACCGGGAGAGUGAACAAAUCAUCGUGCAACGCGAGCUUCAGGAGCUGCAGACCAUCAAGCAGCAAGUGUUGCACCAACAGCAGGAGGAGAGGCAGGCCCAGCUUGUGUUGCAACGCGAGCAGUUGGCUCAACAAAGGCUGCAACUAGAACAGAUUCAACAGCUCCAACAGCAGCUGCACCAGCAACUGGAAGAGCAGAAAGUACGAAAUACUGUAAGCUUUCCUGCUGUUUGUGACCCUUCAGGCAGGAUCAAUCCACACAGCAUGUCAGACAUGGCUAUUGAAAUGCAAAGAACAAUAGCUCAGAAUGGGCAGUACUGGCCUGUGAACCAGCCAUACAUCGAAGGUGUCCCUGUUGCCACUACUGCCCAAGAAGCAUAUGUAUCUCCACAUCACAGGGCAUUCAUAGAAGCACCACAACGAUCCACUUCUGAACUGUCUCUUCGCACUGAUGAGCACUGGGAAAACCGAACCAUCAAGAAGCGCAACUCGGUGCCUAGGCUAAGGGAUGCUUAUGAGGGAGAUGAUGCAUCCCUGCGUGAUCAGUAUGUGGUUAAGAAAAUAGCAGACUGCAGCGUACAGACUGAUGAUGAGGAAGGUGAGGAAGGCUACUACAUGUCCCGUCGGAGAAGAUCUAAACGGAGUGUGGAUUGCAGUGUACAGACAGAUGAUGAAGACAAUGGAGAAUUGGAGCAACCUACUCGUAGACGCCGUUCCAGGUUCUCAAAGCAUUCAGAUUCAAGCACAGAGCACAAGCGGGAAGCAUCAAAGGGGACCUCAAGUAUUGCCAUACAAACCGUAAAUGAUUGCUCUGUCCAGACAGAUCAAAAUGAGCUCGGGCCCGUUUCCCCUGCCAUCCAUAUCACGCCUGACCCACGAGUGGAAAUUGUACGAUACAUAUCUGCUCCUGAGAAAACCCACAAAGGUGAGAGCCUUGCUUGCCAGACGGAGCCUGAAGCACAGUCACAAAGCAUUGUUGUCCCUCAGUUUGCAAUUCCAACCACCAUUAAUCCCUACUCGACUAACAUACGGAUUGUAACGUCUGGCCCGCUGGACCAAACCAAUAACAGGCAGCAGGGAGUUAUGAUCGUCCCAAAGGCUGAGAAGAAGAAACCGGAUCCUUUGGAAAUAGGAUACCAGUGUCAUCUCCCACCUGAGCCUUUACCUCAAAUGACUCGCCAGCCUCCAAAGUCUCCACAAGUUCUCUACUCGCCUGUCUCACCACUGUCCCCACAUCGGCUAUUAGACUCAACCUUCACUUCAUGUGAGAAGCUAAACAAAGCCCACAUUACUCCUCAAAAACAUUUCACCACUGAAUCACCUAAACGGCAGCAAAGUCUGCCUCGGCCAAUCAAAGUGAUGCAGCGCUCCAUGUCUGACCCUAAGCCUGUCAGCCCAACCUCAGAUGAGUCUGGGAAAUCUAGAUUUUUCGCUCAUCAGCAACAACAGGCCCUGCAUGGCAGUCAGAUUGGAAAUUGGCAGCAGAGCACUACGAAGAAAGUGAAAAGAACCUUGCCUAGUCCUCCACCUGAAGAAAUAAUACAUAGCAGUACACAACUUCAUCCACAGCUAUUUGGAACCUCCCUACCCCGGAAACGGGGAACUUUACCUGACCAAGUCACUCGCGAUAGACUCCUUAAGGAUAUCAGCCAUGAGCUAGAGAAAGUGGAGCAAGAAUCAAACAAAUUGCAGAAGAAACAGGCAGAACUUGAUGAAGAAGAAAAGGAAAUUGAUGCAAAGCUUCGUUACAUCGAACUGGGAAUUAAUCGUAGAAAAGAAACCUUUGUCAAAGAACCAACAAAGCGAGACGUGGGCUAUGUGCGAGGCUUAGGAGAAGACAGAGACUAUAUGUCAGACAGUGAAGUCAAUAAUAUCCGAAUACCAUCGUAUAAUAGCAAAAAUGUCUUAGCUAGGCCACAAACUGCCCCAGUUAAUCAGUAUUCUGAAUACUCAAUGUCACAGCACCCAACUACAUCAUCUCAGUACCCUCCAUCACAGGCCACUCCUCAGGGUUUGACAAAUUACCAAACUGCAGGUUAUCAGCCAUCUCAGUACCCAGUUCCCAACACUUACCAGUCCCAAAGCAAUCUUCAGUCUCACUCCACUUUACAUUCUCAGAACACUUUUCAGCCACAUGCAUAUCCCCAGAACACAAACUACCAGACUGACGGUAGUUUACAGAAUGUAACUGGACUUCAACCAUCGAACCAGUACCAAGCUCCUGCCACUUAUACAAACCAGGCUUCAUUUCAGUCUGGUCAUAAUGCUCAGUAUCAGCAACAGACAAACAUCCUGUCACAACAUCAGAAACCUAGGCAAACAUCAUUAGCAGAUCUUGAACAGAAAAUACCCACCAAUUAUGAAGUGAUUGUUAAUCCAGAUGCAAUUAUUUCUGCGACUGCAACAGACAAAAUUUACACAACCACAACAAUGAGUAACAGCUAUGACCAGUAUAAAAAUGUAGAUGUGAGAGUUACUGAUAGUGGAAAUGCAAUAGAAAGUCCUUCAACUAACUAUUCAGCUGACUCUCUGUAUACAAACCUGGAGCACAAUGUUUCUCGUAAUUAUGUUAUGAUCGAUGAUAUCAGUGAAUUGACCAAAGAGAAUACCUCAGCAACAGAAAGCCAGAAAGUAGAUCAGCCUGCUCAACAUAGUAGUUCAAGGCAUGCUAAAGAGAAAAACGACUUCCAAGAGUCAACCAGCUCCACUAGAACACAUGCUUACAAUAAAGUGGAUGAUGAAUCAGAGGAAGACAUGUACGACGUCCAGAUAUCAGACCAUCGAGGGAAGAAUGGGUACCAAAGGAAUUCUGAUAGCCAUAGUAGAAUAUCAAAUUCUUCGAGUGGAUAUUACUAUGCAGAUAACAAUCACAGACAUUCUUCCCGCACAGACAAGCACAACUCUUCGUAUGGGCCUCAAAAGCAUUCAUCAAAACAAAUGGCUCCUGCUGUAGUAUCUAGCAAGCGCAGCAAACACAGAAAGCAAAACAUAGAACAGAAAAUCUCCAAGUUUUCUCCGAUAGAAGAAGCCAAAGACGUGGAAUCUGAUUUUGCUUCAUAUACUGUCACAACCACAGCUGCAGGAAAUAAUGUAAUCCUUAGGGCGCAGAAACUUCAGGACGAAAUAACAUACGGUCUCAAGAAAAAUAUUUAUGACCAGCAGAGAUAUUCUGGUCACAUUAGUAGAGAAGCAAUGGAAGAUUCAGAGAGAGGAUACAGCAAUAGCAACAGAUCAAGGUCAUCUUCAAUGUAUGGAAUGGAAAAAGCAGGCAAAGAAGCAGCAAGCCCAAGAAGUAAAUCUUAUGAAAGAGACACAAUGGAGAGGUCUCAAAAGAUAGGAACGAGCCAUAGUCGAGGCCGGGCUCCAAUAAAACCCAAUGCAUCUGAAGAGGAAGGUCCUCUGAGUCCUAUGGGAAACCAGAUGCAUGUGGCACGGACGUCUAGAGAAUCCCUCCCACCAAACACUGUAGAUAGUAGAUCCCAAUUUGGCUCCAGCCACUCCCUGCCUGAUGUUCAGGAUGUGAAGGAGUCAUCACGUAGCCACGCCUACAGAGAGGACGAUGGUUACGUCAUGGAUGAUAUGCACUGUGCUGUUUCUGACAGUGAAGCCUAUCACUUGGGCCAAGAGGAAACAGACUGGUUCGAAAAGCCGAAGGAGCGCUCCAGGCGUUACGGUGGACAGCCUUCAGCACAGAGGCGCAGCCACCGAAACCACUUGCGCCACAACUAUGAGGAGGCACCGGCGGACGAGAGCUGGCAGCAAGCAGAGCGCUCCCAGUCACGGUACUCCUCAAAGGAUCACCAGAAGCAGCCUGCGUACCAGUACAGAGAGCCGGCCCGCCACUCUUCACGCCACGCCGCCGAUGAGCCUUCCCGCAAGCCGUCAAGGCAGCAUCCGAAAGAGCAGCACCGCCAAGAAUCCCGGCAAUACGCUCAGCAGCCUUCGCAGAGGAGAGGCCAAUCGGCCGAGCAGAGGUCCCAACGAGACCCUCACUUGGCUUCUGCCGAGUGGACCCAGCCUCGGGCAUCUGGGCAUCACCCGGAAGCUGAGCCGUCCCGGUCACAGAAGCAUUCACAGCAGCAGCAACAGGCAGCCAGAAGACAGUCGGAAUCUCCUCAGCAACAAGGCCGGGUCCAGCACAGCCAGCCUGCCUCGUCGAGGAGCCAUUCCCAGCAGCAGGCACGGCCUGCACCAUCGCAGCAAAGAGCAGCGCCAGCGCAGCAGCAGCAACCACGCCAAGCCCAGCCUCAGCAACAGCAACAUCCAGGGCCCGCCCAGCAACAACAGCAGGUACUACUGCGGCAACCUCAACAACAGCAACAGGCACUGCAGCAACCUCAACAACAACAGGCGCAGCAACCUCAACAACAGCAACAACAGGCUCAACAACAGCAACAACAGCCGCGGCAGCAAAGUCUUCAGCAAUCAGCAGGUCAACCCCAGCCCCAGACACAACCCCAGCCACAGGCACAACAGGCACAGACGAGACCUGCCACCACCACGACAAAGCCAGGUCAGACAACCACUGGAAAACCUGCAGUGAAACAAGCAACUGCGCCACAGCAAGCUGCUCAUGUAGCGGGUUCCAAACCAGGUGAGGAAAAAGAGGGUGAUAUCGGAGCUUUUGUCUCCAAAAUGUUGCCGGGAGGAGCAGCUGAGCAGGCUGGGAAACUGACUGAAGGCAUUGCUUCUUUUGGCCGUAAAUUAACUUCGUUUUGGUGAUCAUGCUGCUGUAAGGAAACUUGAUGUGGGAGUGGAGAGAGAUGGAACAUACUGAAAAAACCUAUGAAGACUCGAAUACAUUGAACAAGAAACCUAAGAGCGUGGGACUCUGUGUAACUCGCAGAAAAGAGGAAGAGGCAAAAUUGGGACCUGAAUGGCAACAGGAUACUAAAUAUGCACAUUGAAUGGAGAGACAGUUUUUAUUCAACUCUGGCAGAAGGCUAUGCAGAUUUUAAGGAAAAAGACUGGUGAGCUGUACUAAAAUCCAAGCCAUGACCACUCUUGAAUGAUUUCAAGGAAGAAUGUGAAAGGAUCUUGGAGUGUAGAACAUCUUCGAUAUUGAAGGCCAGACAGCAACAGAAAGCCAUGAGUCUGUGUGAGGGCAGAGAAUCAAUAACCUCACUGUCCUUAUCCAGCACUGCAGGAAAUAUAACCCCAGCAUCUGACAGCUCUGCCAAGACGCUGCUUUCAAUCACCUACCUGCUUAAAAUAUCACUUGCAGAGAUGUGUGGCAUGAAAGGAUUUUCUGGUCGUCCCAAAGACGAAAUUGUAAGGUGAAGCUCGUCAGUGUCUGUCUAUGCAAUGUGAAGAGGAAAACUCAUCCAAAGGGGAACGCUGUACCUUGUUCAGAGUUUAUGCAAAGGCUGGCUGUGCUGUAAGCAUUGUUGCAGGUUGCCCAAAGAAUUGAGGGUGUUGCACAGCGUUUCAGGAUAUCUGAUGUCUUGGUUCUCAGGAUACUAUAACACAUGGGCACACAAUGACAUUUUGGAGGCCAAAUUUUGACCAAGUUUGAAUUUUCUGCUAGUUUUGGUGGAGUUUUAAAUUGAAGCCUUUUUAGGCCAUUGAAAAUCUCCAUCAAUUGCCUUUCACAAGACAAUAUCCAGUGAUGGUUUGGGGAUGCCUUCUGCCUAACGAUGAAUAUUUGGAAUUUUUUUACCUCCAAAUGAUGUUUGCAGAAUUUGGAAUUCCUUCUGCCUGGGUAUAUUCAAUGUCCUCUUACCUUGGACCCUGGAGGGAAAGAGUGGAGCAAGCACAGAGUCCAGUUUCUCUCACUAAAGCUUUUGAUCUUCAUAGGUUUUUUCUGUAUUCAUAGAGCAGAAUUCCCUGAGGUGGACUUAUUACCUUUCUUAGGGCUGGGAGCAAAAGCUCCAUUUUUCCCAAACAUUCCACUGUCUUUUGUUCAGUUUCCAGCUGAUUCUUUAAGAUGGGCAGGUGAAACUCUUGUGUGCAAAUUGUUGUGGGCCUUGAAGCAUUGUAGAGUAUGAUGGCAGUACUCAGCCCCUUACCCAGGACCCAGCAUUCUUCAAUGAUUGUGAACCAUAAGCACUGGUCAUAAAGACCAGAAGUGUUAAAAGUGACCACAUAACUGGUGACACCUGGACUGACAUUGUGGCCAGUCAUGUCAUUGCAGCUAUCAGAAGCUAUUCCAUUUCCUUUAUUUUCAGUGAGUGUACUCUACAUAAUGUUUUCUCGUCAACAUGUUUGCCUGGUAUUUUUCUAUAUGCUAUUUUGCAGCUGCCUUAAUCAUUCCAAUUUUCUAUUGUAUACCUCAAACAGAUUUUUGUUUUCUUUUGUAUAUGACCUGCAUUUUUCCUUGCCGCUAUGCAGUACUGGAUUUGUAUGGGGUAGGAAGGGGAAGGAUUGGUACUUUUGGAAACAAUAGGUCAGUGGGAGGCUGACAAGAGCAUAACUGUGGAAGAGAAAGCUUGCCUCUGCCCUGGAUCUGUGGUAAUGUGCAAUUCAUUUGGGCUUCCACUCAUCAGAAUAGGAUGGAGGAAAACAAUUACCAAUUCAGAUUUUCUAUGCAACGAUGAGAAAACUGUGUUAAUAUUUAAUACUGAAUUCAAUGUUAAAUAUAAAUGGCGUAAAUUAAGAUUAUGCUACUGAUAUUGAGAAGCAAUGUUUUAAGUGUAACUCAUUACCUGUCAAGCGAGGUGUUGUUGAACCUUUCGACGGGAUCCAUUGCCAAAGGCAUCACCAUGUUAAAACAGUGGAUUAGUACUGUGCUUGUCUUCACCUCCAGGUUAGAGCAUGACUUGCUGAUUCAGUGCUUGCCUUCCAUUUUGUUUGGUAUUGUAGUUGUUAGUAUUGCCCAUAUUAACCAUAUGCACUUGCUUUUGGCAAGCCACGACCCAGGAAGUUCCAGCUGUACUCGGGGAAUCCAAUUUGUUAUCUAUUAGAUUUCCAAGUCUUGGGGCAGGACAUUUCUGUUUAAAAUGGAUACAUCAUAUUCUAAAUACCUGACUCUCUCUACUCUUCCAGCUCGGUUACUAAUGAAAUGACAAUCCAGACUAAUCAUUCCCAGAUACAGAAGCGCUAAAGUGUUUUCCAUUUAUGGAUAAUAAAGGCAAAUUAAAUGCACAUACGUCAAUCAGAGAAAGAUGAGGUGGGGUUUGAGAUGACCUGAGGAAUAUAAGUUAAGCACAUUAAUUUAUAGUUUCGAUGGUCAGACUUUAGAUGUUGAACUCAGCGUCUUGAAGGUCAAAUCAUCCAGAGGCUGGUGAUUUAUUUUCAGAUUAAUGUGUAGGAUUUUUGGUUUCAGUGAGGUUUUUCCAACUUUUGUGAUCCUUUUCACUUCUGUCUUUGGACUAUCACCCAUUUGUCAGGAACCCCCAUCUGGAAACAAGUGGAAUUAUUACAACUCUAACACUGACAUCACCAAAUCAUCUAUCAGCAUUUGGAGUCCAUCCAACUUCAAAUUACAAAUCAAUCUUCAGUCAUCCUCUAAGCUCCAGAUGCCUCUGCCAUCAGCUACUUUCUGACGAAUGAACAUCAUCACCCUCGACAUAUGCCUUAGAAUAUCAAUCUGAUGUUCUACCCCUUUGCUGGCAGAAACCUAGAAAGGAAUUUGAAUAAAGUGGGGCUGUUUAUUGAAGUUGACCUAUGGACUUCUUCCCAAGAUUUAAGAUUCACUCAAUAGAGUCCUAAAUAUCACUGUUACUAGAUAGAGCCUUGAGGAUGUCACUUUUUCUCGGUGGCUGACUGGUUUCACUGAUUUACUGAUCCCUCCCCAUUUUGUGUUGUUUUACCCGCAAUCAGCAAGCUUUCUGCACCUUCCAUAUGUUGUGAUGUCAACCUGUAUGUAUGUUUGUAUGUGCAAGUGUAUGUAAAUGCAUGAAUAAUCACUUCUGAAAAAAAAGUUGGUGUGAACCUAUUUAUGACUAAUUAUGUAUUCAGUGAGCACUCUAAGACAAAAACCCUUCAGGGUGACACUGACAUUUUGGGAGAUGCAGUCAAAUUUCUAUAUAAAAGUAUCAUCAUAAGAAGAUGCUUUUACAGUCUAAUUGGCAGCAUAUAUAUUUAUAUAGAGGUAUAUCAGAUUGAGGAAUAUAAUAAGGUUCUGUAAAAUACUGAAAUUUUACUUCAGAGUAUCCAACAUUAAGAAUGUAUAUAAAAUUAUUUACAAAUUCUGUAAGAGAGAUGGUGUAUAUUUUGAAAGCUAUAAAAAGAGAUCUCCUAUCUAAGAAGUUUAAUGCAUUUAGGUUUUAGGUGUUUUUAAGGGUUGUGCAAUCAAAGAUUUACUUCCUCUCUUGUGUGGUAUUUGUGAAUGAAGAACACAGAUACAUAGUCUGUAACUGAACAUCAGUAUCCACUGGAAAUAAUGUUAUCCUGCAUCCCACCACAAAGAUCCACAAUUAACUCUCCACCAAAAUAGGACAGUAAAUUGCAUUCGGACUUCUUCCUGAAAACUCAAGAUGGACUGAAGUUCUUCAUUAAAGCUUUGCAGCCAUUGCAUUAAAAAAAAAUUCAAAUCUUAUUUAACAGGCUGUUACAUAUUUGAGACCCUCAGUAUAGACACUGAAAAGUGAGUAAGAGAAUUCUAUGUAUUCAACAUUAGGGAAAUAGAGCCAUUUUAAAAAUCAAGAUCUCAAUUAGUUCUAGUCUCUUAACAUGGGCAACUUAAUAGGGAACACUGCCACUUUGAAAUUUAACUAACAUCCAUGAGAGGUUGAAUUAAUAGGUUCUCAGUUCAGGCUGAGCUGAAUUCAUUUUCAUUUAUUGAAUGAGCAAAUCAUAGGUACGCCACUUCCCAGUCUUAACUGUCAAAAUGUUGCAGAUGGUUUUCAGAGGUGCAUCUGGUGCUCUAAUGCUGAACUGCUGCUGGAGAACAUUAGUGAACUUUAUGAACAGCAAAGUAGCCAUCAAGUAGCACAAUUGCAAUUUUGUCUGACAUCCCAAAGACUUUUCAUAACUCAUCUCACUCGGCCUUGGACGUCAGCAAAGUAGAGUGUAACCGAAAAUGCAAGUUAAGAAUAGACAUGCUGACCGUCUAAUGGUUAGAAUGGACUUAGGAAGCAAUUCUCUCUAAAAGGCAACAUAAUAUGGUAUUUCAAGCACACACAAAAGGGGUUUCAAAAUGUAAACUGGGGUUCGGUUAAAAAAGUUUUUAUUCAACGAGGAUUAUUUGAAUCAGAUUCUUUGUAGAGAUUAGGGACAUCUUUGCCUUUUUUGUGUUUUUAAGCAUUACUGAGGAUUAUUAGCAAGUAAAUGCAAUGUACAGUUUUAAAAAAAGGAAUUUAUUGUUUUGAGAUGAGACUGUAGGUUGGGUUCAAUGUGGAUGAAGUGCUUUUAAAAAUUGUUGUCUAAAUGUCCCUUUAACAGGUAAAACAUAAUAAAGUACAGGCCACACAACACCACUAACAGUACCAAAUCACAAAUUGCCACAGAGGCCACGCAAACAUUCAGCUUUAUCACAGACAUUGGCAGACAUCUCCAGUCACUAAAAGUUACAAUCUCCUCUCAUAGCUCAUCUGUUGUCUGCAUUUGCUGAUGAACCACAUUCUUGAAGAGAGACACUACACUGCAACCUUAAAGAAGGUGAAUCUAGAGGAGAUAAGUGUUGAAUGGUGUUUUGAACCGAGGUCAAUAUUGUGCAGUGCACAAUAAUUAUAUUAAAAGACUACCCUUGUUGUCUGAACAAGUGACUAGCUGGAGCCCUAAGCAAUCAGGUUAUUAUAGGGUGUUAAUAAGGAUUCUUCAGUAGGCUUCAUUGUCUUUGAUUUAGCAGGGAAUAAAUGCCCAAGGUUCUAGCUGAGAGUAGGUUAAGUCUCUCUCACGGCUCCAGUGCCUGAUUUUCUUGACCCAUUAGGACUAUAAGCCCAGAAAAAUGGAAAAGGUAGACAUGUUAUCUUUAUCCUCCUCACUUUGUUUGCCUAUCCAAUGACAGUGUCAGCCCUGUUCUCCCUAUAUGAUGAGCCUUUAGUCAGUGCAGCCUCCACUUUAUUCAAGUUUGGUGAUUUUAAUGCAGUUGAUUUGGCUGCUGAAGAUGAUAUUUGUUUCUCUAUGUAAAUAUUUGUACAGUGUGUAAAUCUCAUCAGAUUAUCUAAACAGCCACUGGGUGUGGGUAUCACAUAUCAACAAUCCUGCCAACUUGUGCUUGUUUAAAAAAUAAUUUUAAAAUACGGCAAAAAAAACAUUGUGUUUGUGACUGGCUCAUAUAGACCAUUGAGAAACUGUAUUCAGUUGUUAUCUGUGUAGAGUUUUUACAUGUUGUGUAUGAAAAUGAGGUAACUUCCUAAACUGAACCUGACUUCCAUGGACGUGGAAGGAGGAGUGCAAAACUCACUGUUAUAAGUGCAAUGAAUAAUUCAUGUAUGGACAUUGUAAAUGUAUGCUGCACUGUUACUGUGAUGGCUGUAGUAUUGAAUAUAACAUGAUAUUGUAUAAUGUGAUUGUGUAAAAGGUGUCCAAACAAAUCAUUUCCAUUGGAAACCAAUAAAGAUC